AACAACUACAAUUAAUUUCAACUAAUAAUAAUAAUGUCAAGCAUCGUCAACAUCCUCAAAGCACAAGCUGAUAAUCACACUCGCGGUCUUUACCUGUAUCCGGGAGCAGCAAACACCAAACCAACUUUCCUUUCAUACGCAAGUCUCUACUCUCAAGCUUUAACCAUCGCAGCUGGUUACAAAAGUGCCGGAUUCAAGUACAAUGAUAUUGUCCUCUUAUACAUGUCAUCCCACGAACAAUAUGCGCUUCACUACUGGGCAGCAGUUCUCAUUGGACUCGUACCAACUAUCCUUACUCCACUUACGAACGAUCCAAAGCAAGUUGAAGCUCACUUGACUCACUUGAAGACCCUCCUCAACCCACGCAUCAUCGCUUCAUCUGAGUUACAUGCCCACUUGGAAUGUAUCAGGGACAACUCAGAAAUCUACUCACCAGAAGAGAUCCUCGCCAAAGCCAGCGGAAAGGUUUUGCAAGAAUCAGACAUCAACUCAACAAAGGAAUUGGCAUGUUUGAUGUUAACUUCUGGUUCAACAGGAAAUGCAAAGGCCGUUGAAAUGCGUCACGAAGCUAUCCAAGCUGCCGUUAGAGGUAAAUCAAACGCGUUGGGUCUCACCUCCGAGACGAAAUUCCUUAACUGGAUCAACUUUGAUCACGUAGCUAACCUCACGGAAUGUCACCUUACAUCAAUGUACUUGGGUGCAGACCAAUACCAUGUACCAGGUGCCGCUUUACUCACUAAUCCACUCGAUUUCCUUCAAAUUAUCAAUGAUCAACGCAUCAACUUCAACUUUUCACCAAAUUUCUUCUUGGCUGCACUCCUCGAUUCGUUCAACAGAGAGCUUAAGCACAACCCGGAUUUGCGCUCAAAGUAUGAUUUAUCAUCACUCAGAAGAAUCACUUCCGGUGGUGAAGCCACAUCAACUAAAAUGUGCACUACCUUAAUUGAGCAAGUUUUCGCACCAAUGGGCGCAGCAAGAGACUUGAUCGUACCUGGAUUUGGACAAACUGAAACAUGCGCUGGUUCAAUUUUCAACAAGACAUUCCCAGCUGAGGAAAUUCGCUCAACUAGAGCAUAUGCAGCUGUUGGUAUGCCAAUGAACGGCAUCGACAUGAGAAUUGUCGACCCAGAAUCUUUGAAGCCAGUUCCAGAAGGUCAAAUUGGUGAAUUGCAAAUCUCAGGCCCUGUUGUUUUCCGUCAAUAUUACCGCAACGAGAAGGCAACACGUGAGAAUUUCACACCAGAUGGAUGGUCAAGAACUGGUGAUAGAGCCUACAUGUCUAGCUCAGGAUGUGUCUUGGCUGGUCGUGACAAGGAUUCUAUCAUCACCAAUGGUGUUAAGUACUUCAGUUCCGAAAUUGAGUACAUGCUCGAGAAUGCCGGUAUUCCUGGUUUGAUGCCAUCAUGGGUCGCUGCUGUUCCAUACCGCCCAGAAGACUCAGCAACUGAGGACAUUGUCAUCUUCUUUGCUCCUUCAUUUGACGUCGCAAAGGAUGUUAAUGGAUUGAAGGAAGUCGUCGAGGCCAUCGCUGACAGAGUUGUCAUGUAUUGUGCUCACCGUCCAUAUCGUAUUCUCGCGCUUCCAACUGAGGCAUUCGGUGGUAAAUCAUCAUUAGGUAAAAUUUCACGCAACAAGGUCCUCAAGGCAUAUGAUGCAGGUGCAUUCGUCAAGUACGAAGCCGAGCAAAGACUCGCAUUGGAAGAACUUCGCCGUGAGCAAUUGGUUCCACCAGAAAGUGAUCUUGAACGUAAAGCUGUUGCUGCAAUGGCUGAGACUCUCAACCUCGACUACAAAUUCAUUGGUCGUCAUGACAACUUCUUUACAUUCGGUGGUUCAUCACUCGAAUUGGUCAGAUACAAGAACACACUCGAAAAGUAUUUGGGCUUGACUGAGGAAUUACCACUCAUCACUGUCCUUCGUAACCCAACACCAGCAACUUUGGCACCAUACUUGGACAGAUACUUACGUACUCAAUUUGGUGAAGUUCCAGAUGAUGCUGAUGAAUUAUACGAUCCUAUCGUACCACUUCAACUCAAGGGUUCAAAGCCACCAUUAUUCUUGAUCCACCCAGGUGUUGGUGAAGUUUUGGUCUUCUUGAACCUCGCAAAGUACAUCACUGACAGACCAGUGUAUGCUCUCCGUGCCAGAGGUUUCAACCCAGGUGAAACUCCAUUCACUGACAUGAACACACUUACCGAUAAGUACAUGGAGGGUAUCGAGAAAACCAACCCAGAUGGUCCAUACUGUAUCGCUGGUUACUCAUACGGUGCUUGUCUUGGUUUCGAAAUCUGUAAGAAGCUUGAAGCUAAGGGCAAGGAAAUCGGUUGGUUCGGUUGCUUCAACCUUCCACCACACAUUAAGGAGCGUAUGCAACAACUUGACAGAGUUGAGGUCGUUCUCAACUUGUCUUACUUCCUUGGUUUGAUGACCGAAGAUUACGCCCACGAAAUCUCACCAGAGAUGCACAAGUACACUCCAGAGCAAGUCGUCGAGCACAUUAUCUCAAUUGCUCCACCAGCGCGUCUCCAAGAGUUGGAAUUAACAGCUUCUAAGCUUCUCAACUGGGGAUCAAUCGCUGAGAACCUCCAAGCUUUGGCUAGAGGCUACGAACCAAAGGGAACUGUCUCAAACAUCAACGUUUUCAUUGCUGAUCCAUUAGCUGCAGUAGCCAAGACUCGUCAAGAAUGGUACGAGAAGAAGCUCACACCAUGGAAGGAUUUCACAAGAACCGAACCAGUCUUUAUUGAUGCAAAGGGUGCUCACUACACCAUUCUCGCACCAGAAAAUGUCGUCGACUUCCAAUCAAAGAUGAGAAAGUCACUCGAAGCUCGUGGAAUGUAAACUUAUUGGACAAUGUCUUGAAAUUCUUUUUAAUAUUUCUUUCUAAUUUUCUUCUUUUUGUUUACUUUAAUUGGAUAUACGGA